ACAAUUAGAGAAUUUGAAAGGUUUUCGAAACAGUACAUCAAAUUAAAACCAGAGGUUCCCCUUCAUUAAUGCUAAAUAUAAUAAUAUAAACUGAAGAAUAUGUCUUGGGAGCCAAAUCCAACUGCUAUUGAACAACUAAAGCAUAUAUUAGCGGGUACACUUUCCCCUAAUUCCCAUGAAAGAUCACAAGCUACAGAAGCUUUAGAUCAAGCAAAGAUCCAAGAAGAUUUUCAUAAUUAUUUACUCUUUAUCUUGGUUAAUGAUAAAUCCACCACUUCACAGAUCAGAGCAUCGGCCGGUGUGAAUUUAAAGAAUGAUAUGAUCAAAAAUUUCAAUGUUAAGACUAAUGAUUACUUAUUGGAAAAUAUACUCAAGGGUUUAUUAGAUGAUGAUCCGUUUGUUAGAAAUAUUACAGGUACUGUUAUCACUUCGAUAUUUUCCACUCUGGGUGUUGCCAAAUGGCCAUUUGUAUUGCCUCAAUUGAUGGAGUUAAGUGAAACGGGGAACGUUACAAGUCAAGAAGGUGCUACUGGUGCAUUAGCCAAGAUCUGUGAAGAUUCAUCACAUAUUUUAGAUACAGAUUAUAAUGGUCAAAGGCCUUUGGAUUUCAUGGUUCCAAAAUUUAUUGCAUUGACCGGAUCCAAUUCUCCAAAAGUUAGAGCCAAUGCAUUACAUUGUUUGAAUCAAAUCAUUUUAACCAAAACACAAAGUUUCCUGGUUCAUAUUGAUGAUUUCUUACAAAGGUUAUUUUCAUUGGCUGGUGACCAAGAUCCAGCUGUUCGUCGUAAUGUCUGCACAGCUUUUGCAUAUGUUUUAGAAGCAAGACCUGAUAAAAUAGCCCCUCACUUGGAUGGAUGUGUCAAUUAUUGUUUACAUUCAAUCACAACAAGUGAAGAUGAAGUUGCACUUGAAGCUUGUGAAUUUUUAUUAGCAUUAGCCACUUCGGAUAUUCCAGAAGAUUUGAUCAAACCUUAUCUACCAAAUAUAUUACCAGUCCUUUUGAAAAGUAUGGUUUAUUCAGAAAUGGAUAUUUUCUUGAUGGAUAAUACAGACGAUGCUGAUGUUGAAGAUAGAGAUGAAGAUAUCAAACCAACUAAUGCAAAAGUGAAAGACGCUCAUAAUCAAAAGAAUGGUGGUGGAGAUGAUGAAGAUGAGGAAGAUGAAGAUGGUGAUUACAGCACAGAAUGGAAUUUAAGAAAAUGCUCUGCAGCUACAUUAGAUGUUUUAACAUCAGUUGCUCCUUCAGAAGUUUUGCAAAUAAGUUUGCCAAUCCUUAGAGAAAAUAUUGUAUCCGAGCAAUGGCCGAUUAGAGAGGCUGCUAUUUUAGCAUUUGGUGCUGUUUCUGAAGGUGGUAUUGAACUUGCCUCACAACAAUUACCAGCUUUAAUUCCUUUCCUUGUUGAAAGGUUACAAGAUGAUGAAUCAAGCGUUAGACAAAUAACAUGUUGGACCUUGGGCCGUUAUUCUGCAUGGAUUUGUUCUGAAGCUCAUAAAGGUGGGUUAUACUCAAAUUAUUUCAUUCCAACAUUCCAAUCCAUUAUAGCUUGUUCCUUGGAUAAGAAGAAGAUGGUCCAAGAAAGUGCAUGUUCUUCCAUAGCUCAAUUUAUUGAAAAUUCUGAAACGGAUCUAAUUCAACCACUAGCUGCAGAUUUAGUUGAAAAUUUCAAAAAAUGUUUCCAGUAUUAUCAAAGAAAGAACUUGGUUAUAUUAUAUGAUGCUAUCCAAACUUUUGUUGAAAGAAUUGAGUUAGAUUCUGGUGCAAUUGAAGCAAUCCUACCACCAUUAUUGAAGAAAUGGGAAUUGCUAAGCGAUGAUGAUAAAGAACUAUGGCCAUUAUUAGAAUGUAUGUCAUCAGUGGCUGCAUCACUUGGUGAAAAAUUUGCUCCAUAUGCUGUUCAAGUUUAUGAAAGAUCAUUAAGAAUCUUGCAACAUUGUAUCGAAAUGGAUAAGCAAUGCAAAUCUGAUCCAAAUAUUCAAGUCCCAGAAAAAGAUUUCAUUAUUACUUCACUAGAUUUGAUUGAUGGAUUGUGUCAAGGUCUUGGAGAACAUAGUGGUGAAUUGAUUAAUGAACAUUUGAUUAAAUUGGUUAUCGAAUGUUUUAAUGACCCAAUAGAUGACGUCCGUCAAUCAGCUUAUGCUCUAUUAGGUGACAUUGCCAUUUAUAUUCCAAAUACUUUAGGAUCACAUAUUGAUGAAGUCAUUAUAUCAAUUGGAAGAGAAAUUGUUGCUAGAAAUCAAGAGAACUUUGCUGUAUGUAAUAACGCAACUUGGGCACUAGGAGAAAUUUCAUUGAGAAUCAAUUUGAACAAUUAUUUGGAGAAAUUGGUUGGUAUUUUGAUUGAUUUGUUAAAGUCACAAGCAAUGUCCACUGUUCUGGAGAAUGCAGCCAUCACUAUUGGUAGAAUUGGUAUAUCAUCACCAGAAUUCUUCUCACCACAUCUUAAUGAAUUUUUGUUGGAUUGGUCUGCUCAUAUGAUGUAUUUGGAAGAAAAUGAAGAGAAAGAAACAGCAUUCCAAGGGAUGUGUAAUAUAAUAUUGACCAACCCUACCGGAUUCAAUAAUGAAUCAUUAGUUGCUUUUGUUAACACAAUAACUAUGUACUUGAAUCCAGGUCAAAAAUUGGCUGAAAUAUUUCACAAGUUAUUGAGUGGAUAUAAAGAAAUGCUGGGGGAUAGCUGGACACAAUUUUUACAAACGAUUGAUAAUGGUGCAGAAUUGACAGGGAGAUACAGUAUAUAG